ACAAAGUCACUACGAAAUGCAACAAGUAAAACAAAAACACAAAAAAUCUGACGAAUACCGAGUUUUUGUUGGUAACUUGCCAUUUUCAUGGUUGGAAGAUGCCGUGCGCAGUGUUUUCCAUAGUUAUGGAACUGUUGUUGAUGUUGAAGUUCCAAGAAAAAGAGAACAACCAGAACGGAAUAGAGGUUUUGCAUUUGUAUACUUUUCAAGUAGAGAAGAAGCACUUGCAGCAACAACGUUAUCCGGUAGUCGUUUAGAUGGCCGCAUUAUCAAAGUAGAAUGGGCAGACGAUGGCUCGGAACAUAGAAAAGUGGGACAUGAAGAGCUGACACAGAGACCCACUCAUCCACUGGCUUCUUCACAAGUGUAUGAAUGGGGUGGACAACAAGUACAAAAACAAAAUGACAGUGUUGUAUCAAAAGAGACUCCCAACUUUAUGCCUUCUGGUGCUCUUUAUAAGGAACAAAGAAUGACACGAUAUGGAAAAGAGUUAAAGUUUGUGGAGCCUUUGGAUGCUAGAAAGCCUGAACAACCUUGGCGAAUGUAUGUUUUCAAAAAUGGCAAACUUCUAGAAGGAGAAGAAGGUGUCUUUUAUAUUCAUCAAAAGAGUAAUUACUUAUUUGGUCGAGAUAGAGAUGUGGUUGAUAUUCCUAUUGACCAUCCAUCUGCUUCAAAACAACACGCUGUGUUGCAAUUCCGUCAAGUGAUGCCCAAAAAUGGAAACAAAUUGGUAAUCAAACCUUAUAUCAUGGACUUGGAAAGUACGAAUGGCACUUUUUUGAAUAAUGAACGAAUCGAGUCUUUGCGAUAUUAUGAAUUGUUGGAAAAAGACUUGUUGCGAUUUGGACAUUCUUCACGAGAAUUUAUUUUAUUAACCGGUCAUAAGUAAAUGUCAAAAGGGAAAUGCCAUUUUGGG